UCUUUUCCACACAUCCCAUUAACUUUAAUUACUACUAGUCUUUAUAUAAAUAUCCAUUUUUUCACAUAAAUGGUCUUGUAGCCCCAUUCCUCUACACCCGCACACAUUCUUGGCGAAUUACUAAUCCAAGAACAAAAGAAGAAAAGGGAGAAGAGAAUGGUGAGGGUAGGGGGUAUUCUUGUUUGUCUUGUGAUCGUGGGCUUAGACAUAGCUGCGGCUAUCCUUGGCAUCCAAGCAGAAGUUGCCCAAAACCAGGUGAAGCAUAUGAGGCUAUGGCUGUUCGAGUGUAGAGAGCCAAGCGAAGAUGCGUUCAGGUUAGGGUUAGCGGCGGCGGCAGUGUUGGCUCUGGCUCACGUUCUCACCAACUUGAUCGGUGGAUGCAUGUGCAUCUGCUCCCAGGAUGAGUUCGAGAGAGCUUCUUCCACCAGACAAAUCUCCAUGGCCUGUCUUGUCCUCUCCUGGAUAAUAUUCGCGGUCGGAUUCGGGGCUCUGGUGAUAGGGACAAUGUCGAACAGCAAGUCAAGAGCCUCCUGCGGAUUCACACAUCAUCACCUGUUGUCCAUCGGAGGAAUCCUGUGUUUCGUCCAUGCCCUCUUCUGCGUCGCUUAUUACGUCUCUGCCACUGCCGCCUCCGACGAACGGCACAAGUGAAUCUGCUGCCGUCGGUUCUUCCCCCUUCUUCACUCUUCUACCUAAUCGUUUUCAUGUUAAUCCAAGAUUAUUUCUUUUCCUUUUUCUUUGUUUUUUUAAAUAUCUCUCGCUCCAAAGUUUCUUUUGUAAUUUGAAAAGUCGCGUCCUUUUGAAAAAAAUGAAAUCUUUAUGUCGUGACA